AUGUCGUCAACAGUGCCUGUGCUUCCUCUUCAGGCCCCCUCUCUGGAAGAAGAAAUAGAUCAAUUCGACUCACGCGUCUCGGAAAUGGCUGCCUUCUUUGCUUUACCGCGGUUCAGCUCCACCAAACGGCCUUAUACUGCUGCUGAUGUCGUGUCGAAACAAGGAUCCUUACCCGUCCUUCCCUUGCCUUCCACCCUGUUAGCUGAUAAAUUAUAUGGUAUCUUGUCCAGAGCCGCAGAAGCGUCCAAGCCCGUACACACUAUGGGCGCCAUAGAUCCCGUUCAAAUGACCCAGAUGGCUCGUCACCAAGAAGUUGUAUAUAUUUCAGGAUGGGCUUGUUCUAGCUUGCUGACUACUGGGAAUAAUGAUGUUGGACCCGAUUUCGGAGAUUACCCUUAUACUACUGUUCCCAAUCAAGUCCAUCGUAUCUUCCGUGCACAACAACUGCAUGACAAGAAGCACUAUGAUGAACGAAUGAUAGCCACUUCUGAACAGCGAGAGAAGAUGGAGUUUGUCGACUACCUUCGACCCAUCAUAGCCGAUGCUGAUACAGGUCACGGUGGAAUCUCUGCAGUGAUGAAGCUGGUGAAACUCUUUGCUGAGUCGGGUGCAGCAGGCAUACAUAUGGAAGAUCAACUUCACGGAGGCAAAAAGUGCGGUCAUUUAGCAGGAAAGGUCCUUGUUCCAACGUCAACCCACAUCUCUCGCCUUGUUGCUUCCCGUUUCCAAUUGGAUUUGAUGAAAAAUACCAUGCUUCUCAUCGCCAGGACGGAUGCGGAAUCCGCCAAGCUGAUAUCGAGUACUGUUGAUCUUGAGGAUCACGAGUUCAUCUUAGGUACAACUGUCCAGGGUAAAGCAUUGGCGGAAGUCCUCGCGGAGGCGGAAUCAAAGGGAGCAUCGGGGACGGAAAUCGAUCAACUCGAAAAAGAUUGGAAUGAGACGCAUUACAUGUGCACCUUCAAUCAAGCUGUUGAACAGGAGAUCAACAAAUCGACGAUUACUGACAAACCUGCUGCUUUAAAGGCUUAUUUGGACGCUGCUACUGGACACUCUAUAUCUGACGCUCGGGAUAUUGCUAAAGAUCUAUUAGGUGCAAGCGUUUUCUGGGACUGCGAAAUGACUCGGACGCGAGAAGGCUACUACCAUUUUGCUGGCGGUCUUGAGCCUGCCGUCAAGCGAGCAAUGGCAUUCGCCCCACAUGCAGACCUACUAUGGCUAGAAACCAAGACUCCGAACCUCGAACAAGCCAGGUCUUUUGCCCGCACAAUUCGAGAGAAAUACCCCGGCAAACUUCUGGUUUACAACUUAUCCCCCAGUUUCAAUUGGUCAUCCCAUGGAUUCACUGAGACUGAUUUGAAAGCAUUCGUAUUUGAGUUGGCAAAAUCAGGCUUUAUCCUCCAAUUGAUUUCGUUGGCCGGAUUGCACAGUAAUGCUACAGCUACAGCUGAGCUCUCUGCUCGUUUCAAAGAGGACGGGAUGCUUGCAUACGUCGAUUUGGUUCAGAGAAAGGAGAAGGAAAUAGGAUGCGACGUUUUGACACACCAAAAAUGGAGUGGCGCAAACUAUAUCGACCGAAUUAUUUCUACUGUCUCAUCGGGUUCUUCAAGCACAUCUGCUGUGGGCAAAGAUUCCACCGAAAAUUCUUUUUAG